CGCUAACUGGGAAACUUGACAUCGCCACGACGCACGAUGCAACAUGGCUGCGGCCGUGGCUCAGACUGGGACACGAGGCCGCCAUGACGCUCUCUUCGACGCCGUGUUUGCGCCCAAGCAGCACACCACUGCUACCCCGGAGUCGACGCCAAAUAUCGGAACUCUCGCUUCUCCCGGAACAGCCUUCGGAGGCUUCAACCUGGCUGAUGACCCUGCAACGCAGACUGCGCUGUUCAACAGGCAAUGGAGCACCGCCACGCGCUUCCUCACACUGCCGAAUGGACUAGAAGGACAGCCGCGGGACUCGCGCGGUGGGCCGAGUCGACAGACCGAACAUGCGCUGCACUACCUGCUUUCGGCAGGUGCAACUCGCAAGCAGCUGACUCAAUGGUACAGCUACGAAAUCUCGACGCACUUUCGCAACUUUGUCCUGCCGCAUUUGCAAUUCUGGGAGAAGCCAAUCGCUGUGAACGAAGCUGCUCGGGUCCUCUCUGACACUGUGACAGUAUUGCAAGACGCAUCCAAGGUGUACUUUGCUGUCGGCGAGUCACUCGAUGAAGCACUCAAUCUUUUGCUCGCACAGUUCAUCAAGCAAGUCAGACAUGACUUUCACGUUCUCAUGUUGCACGCUCUGCCGCGACAACGCGUGCAGAAGACCUUGGCGAGCUACCUUUUCCAGUGCAUGGCCAACAGUAUCGAAACUUCCGGUCAGUCUGAGCAAUGCAUUGAUGACGAUGUUUGCUCAUGCAGCGUGGACCUCGACCUCAACGCUCUGAGCCAGCUGGAAGACGCUGGUCUUGGUGGUGCUUUAGGUGAGCGAGCAUUCGCACAUGCAGUCCACCGGCUGCUCCAAGGACCUGCCGUGGAGCGUCGCUGCUUUCAAGUGGAUUGGCAUGGGCAGACGAGUUGCGUGCAGCGACUGCGAACAUGGGUCCAUGACCGCAUGGUGCCUGCCCUGGAGAAAGCAGUGACUACUUUGGCUGGGAAGCAGACCAUGGGACUGCCGACUCAGCAAUUCGUGUCCGCCGCUGUUAACACCUUCGGUCGGUUACGCACGAGCGCUUUGUUCGAUUAUGUCAGCACAUGGCCCGCCAGCCAGGGCGCUCUACUCGACAUCAAGGAGUAUCUUCACGCUAAUGGCGCGAGUGAGAAGGCAUAUCUAUGCGCAAGCUUUUCCGAGCAGAUUCAUCGUCGCCUGUUCCACGCAGGUGCAAGCACUACGGAAAUUCUCGGCGUGUACAUCAAUGUUAUCCAUGUAUUCCGGUUACUGGACCCUCGUGGAGUGCUGUUGGAGAAGGUCGCUAUUCCGAUCCGAAAUUAUCUACGAAGUCGAGAAGAUACAGUCUCGACGAUUGCUGCUAGCUUCUUGAUCGACACACGCAACACCGAGCCGUCCGAACAUGAUCACGACAAGAUUUGUUUCGCAGUUGCUGAAGCUGUUAACAACACUCAAGACUAUGGCAAUUACGACGAGGCAGGCCGAGGUGGAAACGACCUGCAUUGGCUGCAGAAGAAUUGGAUGCCUGAUCCGAUCGAUGCUGGCCCGAACUGGAAAUCGUCCAAGAGCGAUGAUAUUGUGGCCUACAUCAUCGGUCUAUUCGAGCCUGAAGAUUUUGUGAAAGCAUUCUCUACGGCUCUCGGUCAGCAUCUGCUUCAGACCAAAGACCGUCGAUACUUCAAAGAGAUCUCGGUGGUAGAGUUGCUUAAAACACGUCUGGAGCCAGGAAUGCUGCAGCAUGCCGAAGUUAUGCUGAAAGACAUGCAAGAGUCCGCAAUUUUGAACCGAAGACUCAAUCCAGGCGACCAAGAGAUACCACCUUCUGUCCCACCAACGCCCAAAGAGCUGCAAAGUGCAAUACCGGAUGACGGAAUCACUUUGACCUCAUUAUAUGAGCAUUUCAAGAAUCGUGUUGACAGCACUCAAUUCCAGGCGACACUAAAAAUGGUCGCCAACAAACGCGACGACUUGUACUAUCCAAAGAGGACAAGGCUACCAGCAGAACGCACCAGGGAAAUGGCAAGCAAAGAGCAACAAAACGGAAAGACUGUGUUCGAAACGAAGGUGCUAUCAAGUCACUUCUGGCCCCCACUGCGCGAAGGCGACUUCAAAGUGCCACAACAAAUUGCUCAGCACAAAGAGCGGUACGAGCAGGCUUUCUCCCGCACUAGUGGACAAAGGAGACUGGAAUGGAGACCAGCUUUGGACAUCACGACCAUUACGCUCGACUUCCCAGAUCGAAGUGUAGAGGUGGAGGAUGUGGAAGUUUGGAAGCUCACUGUUGUCGAUGCUUUUGCCGAAGAGCGCCAUAAUAAUUCUGACGUACCGCCAAUCAUAUAUGAUAAGGACGAAGGCUUAUCGGUCGCGAGUCUCGCCGAAGCUCUUGAAAUGCCGGAAGACUACGUUCAAAGCGCAGUAAGCUACUGGAUGAACAAACGCAUCCUCUACGAGAAGUCUGCGGGUAUGUAUGCUGUCCUGGACAAUCUGGAUAUGGAUGUACCAAGCAUCGCGGAACCUUCACAACUAGACAUUGAAGAGGACGUGGGAGCAAUCAUGUCAGAGCAAGCUGUGCUGCGGCAAAAUGCGCCCACUUUCCAGACAUUCAUCGAGCAAAUGCUACGAAAUGGUGGCGCCAAGGAGAUUGGCGGUAUGAUGGGAAUCACGAGUAUCAUGAAGAUGGUGCUGCCGACUUUCACAUAUGGCGAUGAUGAAGUUAAGUGGUUGCUGGAGGACAUGGAGAGCCGGGGAGAUGUCGUGAGAAAGGGAGAGUCGUGGGCCGUUGCGAAAUAGAGUAGGCAAGUGCUGCGGAGAGCUUCGAUGCUCCCUGCAUGAACGUGAGGCCAAGCUGUGCAGAUCCUCUUCAGCUUUAACAACUCGCAUUAACCAGAACCAGAAUAGCGUGCAGCGCCUUCGAAAUCCACCCUCGAGAUCCAGCUGCUUCAGAUGUAAGCUGAAGGAUUCAGACACUGCACGCCCUUUGCGGGUUGCACCGAAUCCUGCUGCCACUCUCUCCGCUGCAACGUCGCCGAGGUCUUACGGCAGCAGAGCUGUCCCACCGCCC